AGACAGCGAGAGUUUCGUUAUAUCUGUCUCAAUCUUUCAUUUGAUACACGACACGCAGACACGACAAGUGGUUUUUCGGAGCUUUUCGUACAAUUUCAAAACAAGUGCCGUCGAUGUUUGCUCUCACCGACCAGUGAUAAUUCGUCCUGAUCAUUGAAAUAUGCUGAAAGAACCCAUUGGAUAAUUGAACGUGCAAAUGAAUAACACACGUGCUUUGUGAAACGUACUCCGACUUGCAUACAAUUUACUCAGCGAUUGCUCCGAAGUGAUAAAGAUUAACCGCAAAUUGAUAAACUGGACUAUUUACUUUUUUCUCAUUCUCAAGGAGAGAAGGACCCGUGCUCUUAAUCACAAGCCGCUGAAAUAAUUGUUCAAUGUUAAGCAUUGAUCAUGUACAAUCUAAACGUGAACGUGAAUCCUAGUCCAACGGCUGCCGCGGGUCUACUCGGCGUUGCGGCGGCCGAGGUCACGCCGAGGACACCGGAGAUUGUAAAUUCAUUAAUUGCAAUGACAAAUCCCUUCGAGGGUUUUGCCGGUGAAAAAAGUCGAGAGAGGACGGACUCGACUAGCAGCGGGGGUGAGACAAGCCCGCCUAGUGUGCAGCAUACUUGCAGUCAGUUGAUAAAAGAAGGACUCAAGUUAACGCUGCAGACGAAAAGGCGAGCGCACGGCAGCGGUGAUGAGGGGAAAAAGAAGUCGAGGAAGGAGGACAAUAGUGCUGAUGAUGAGGAGGACGAUGAUUCUAGUAACCACAACUUUAGAGCUGGGUUGACACCGGAAGACGAAGAAAGACGCAGAAGACGAAGAGAGCGCAACAAAAUAGCAGCGACAAAGUGCAGAUUAAAAAAGCGUGAAAAAACAGUGAUUCUGGUGCAGGAAUCGGAAACCCUAGAGUCUCAGAAUCAUGACUUAAAAUCCCAGAUCCAAGAGCUGGAGACCCAGAGAAGAAGACUCGUGGACAUGUUGAGCCUCCACACCCCGACAUGUCUCAAACAAGGUGUGAAUAACGACACGUCCUGUCAGCAGUUCAACGAUCCCCUUUACAUCCACAAUUACCAGGAUAAUUAUCCACCACCGGCGCUGAAUCAGCCCCAGAAUUGUGUUACUGACUAUCCGGUAAAAGUCGAGAGUUACGAGACAUCGGGACAGGAUUAUUAUAGAGAGGACAGCCCGUUUGUUCCCACCUCGGACGCCGGAUGUACAGCUUAGUCUAUGUUAAUAUUCGUUUUUUUUUCUUUUUCAAAUUAAGUCUCUGCAAUCUCUCGAAAUUAAUGAUAUCUCUCCGUGACAUCGUCAAUUCCAUCAAUAACAUUGAUAAAACUGCAGAGAAAAUGACUAUGCAUUCCAUGAGAAAGUUGACAGAUUCGAAAUGAUAAAAUCGUUCAAGUGAAUAUCAGUGCCUUCCGUUCAUAAACGUCCACAACAGAUUGAAAUUAAGUUUCAAGUCGCGAAAAUUGUGUGCUCUCUCUCUCUAUUCCUGAGACAAUUCUUUUCUUUUUUCAAUCACGCCAUCUUUUCAUUUAUCUCUUUUGCCUUUUUAUUUUAGUUGUAAAGCCAAUAUGAAAGACAUUCCUCUCGUUAAUAAUCCUACUGAGACAUUCUUCUCUAACCCGAAAUCCGAGAAAAACAAUGAAAUAUAAUUGUCGAUUCUUAAUCACGAGUGUUGACUGUCAGUUGCGUCGAGUACAAGUGCAGGACACGUGCUCAUAAUGAGUUUUUUCAUCUAAAAAAAAUCAGUUAUCGAAUGAAAAUUAAUUUUCGCCCACUCCUUUAUCGAAACAGUACGUAGGGGAGGAUGGAACAGAAUGGAACAUUUCCAUAUUGUCCCACUCUCCCUUAAUAAACGAAGUUAACCACAAAGUUAUUAACACUUAUGCCAUGGUGCUUUAAAACAGAUGAUACCUAUUAUACUGAUAAGUACAUCAUAGAUAUUUAAUGAUUAUUAAGUACAUUUUAUACGCAAAGUAUCUUUAACGAGUUUUAAGUAUAAAACGUUCAACGUUACUAAGGUUUACACGCUUAAUAUGAAUGUAUUUUUUAAGAGAAAAUUUUUAUUGCAUUACCUAACAAUAUACCUCAGAUGUAAUGCGCGGGUUAUACCAAGGUAUCCAGAAAUUACUCCACGACCGAUUAAUUUUCCCCAAUUAUUUUUUCAAAUUGAAUUUUGAGAGGAUUCAUUGGUCGUCGAAUCAAUAACUGAGAUUGUGCGUUUCCAUAAUUAACAAACGUUAAUUAUUAUUUUUUGUUGGUAAAACGCACGGUGAUUUUUUUGCGUAUUCAUGAUUAAAGAAUUCAAUAAUAAAAUGCUUAAGGCCAUGAAGGGAAGGCCAGCUGCUUUUGUUACGGAAUGUUGUCGGAGUAUUUCAAAAUCGUGCGCUCUUCCACGUUCGUUCUCUUCCGAGUCUUGAAAUUAUUUUGAGAGGAAAACAGAAAUUCAUUUGAAUUGAUGACUGUGUAUUGGCCACAGCGUUCUUCAGCAAUUUGACAAUUGAAGAAUGAUUGAAUGACAAGAAUUUCUUGUCAAAGACCAAAACAAUCGUCGUCAAUUCAAAAUGCAAUGCUUCAACGGUCGAAAAACCUCGACUGAAGAAUGAAGCAAUUGAACGAAUGAUAAUGCGCAUGAUUUUGCAUCAAGUCAAAUGGAUAAAAAACAAAGUGCUUCUUUGUAGCUCUAACAGUCUGCCAUAUGCAUCAAUUCUCAAGAUAUUGAUGCAAAAUAUUCUCGAUUGUUCAAUGUCAAAUGUGCAUUUUUUUUUAUUGACGAUUUCAAAAUGAUCCAUUGGAUCUACGAACGUGAUUUUUCACCAUUAAAGUGCCUUAAAUAUUACAGAUUUUGUUAUGAUUAUAUAACACAUGUGAAAAAACAGAAUGAAAUAAAACUCAACUGCAAUGUCGAAA